UAUGCCAGCAAGGAUAUUGGUGACAAGAGAAGCCAGGUGCUGGAACGCUGGCAGCAUCUCAAGGAAGCCCUGAUUGAGAAACGCUCCAAGCUUGGUGAGUCACAGACUCUCCAGCAGUUCUCUCGUGAUGCUGAUGAAAUUGAAAACUGGAUUGCUGAGAAGCUCCAGGUUGCUACGGAGGAGAGCUUCAAGGAUCCUGCAAACAUCCAAUCAAAGCACCAGAAACAUCAGGCAUUUGAAGCUGAAUUGGCUGCCAAUGCUGACAGGAUCCAAGCUGUUCUUGCAAUGGGUCAGAACCUCAUUGACAAACACCAGUGUGCUGGAUCAGAAGAGGCUGUGCAGCAAAGGCUGGAAUCCAUCUCUGAGCAGUGGGACUUCUUGACUCAGAAGUCAGCUGAAAAGUCCCUGAAGCUCAAGGAAGCCAACAAGCAGCGCACAUUCAUUGCUGCUGUCAAGGACUUGGACUUCUGGCUUGGUGAGGUGGAAUCUCUCCUUACCAAUGAGGAUGUUGGCAAAGACCUUGCUAGUGUCCAGAAUCUGAUGAAGAAACAUCAGCUGGUUGAGGCUGACAUCCAGGCUCAUGAAGAUCGCAUUAAUGACAUGAAUGGACAGGCUGAUUCCCUUGUGGAAAGUGGCCAGUUUGACACUGCCAACAUUCAGGAGAAGCGCCAGAGCAUCAAUGAACGAUAUGAGCGCAUCAAGAACCUGGCUGCUCAUCGUCAGUCACGCCUGAAUGAGGCCCUCACCCUCCACCAAUUCUUCCGUGACAUUGCAGAUGAAGAAUCCUGGAUUAAGGAGAAGAAACUGCUCGUGGCAUCAGAAGACUAUGGUCGUGACCUCACUGGUGUCCAGAACCUGCGCAAGAAACACAAGCGUCUCGAGGCUGAGCUAGCAUCUCACGAGCCUGCCAUCCAGUCAGUGCAGGAGGCUGGUGAGAAACUGAUGGGCGUCUCAAAUGUUGGUGUUUCUGAAAUUGAAUCCCGCCUGCAGCAGCUGUCUGAGACUUGGUCCCAGCUGAAGGCAAUGGCUGACCAAAGAGGCCAGAAAUUGGACCAGUCUCUCAUUUACCAGCAGUUCUUGGCUAAGGUGGAGGAGGAAGAGGCCUGGAUAAGUGAGAAGACCCAGCUACUCUCUGUCCCUGAUUAUGGUGAUAACAUGGCUGCUGCACAGGGACUCCUGAAGAAGCAUGAUGCUUUUGAAACAGAUUUUGCUGUGCAUCGUGACCGUUGCAAUGAUGUGUGUGAGGCUGGUUCAAAGCUGGUAGGAGAAGGCAAUCACCAUGCUGAAUCCAUCAAGCAGAGGUGCCAGCAGUUGAAGGACAAACUGGAGGCCCUCAGUGGCAUUGCUGCACGAAGGAAGAGCAAGUUGGCCGAUAGCCUGGCUUAUUUGCAGUUCAUCUGGAAGGCUGAUGUUGUCGAGUCUUGGAUUGCUGACAAGGAGAGCCAUGUUAAGUCUGAGGAGUUUGGACGAGAUCUUUCUACUGUCCAGACUCUCUUGACAAAACAGGAGACAUUUGAUGCUGGUUUGGCUGCCUUUGAAAAUGAGGGCAUCCAGAAUAUCACUGCCCUCAAGGAUCAGCUGGUGUCUGGUAACCAUGAGCAGUCUGAAUCCAUCAUCAAACGCCAUGGCGAUGUGAUUGCACGCUGGAAGAAGCUUCUUGACGACUCUCUCGACCGCAAGAAGAAACUGCAAGUCAUGCAGGAGCGGUUCCGACAAAUCGAGGAGCUGUACCUGUUCUUUGCCAAGAAGGCAUCUGCUUUCAACUCUUGGUUUGAGAAUGCUGAAGAAGAUCUCACUGAUCCUGUGCGUUGCAACAGCAUUGAGGAGAUUCGGGCACUGCGUGAAGCACAUGCCCAGUUCCAGGCUUCUCUGUCUUCAGCCCAGGCAGACUUUGAGGCCCUGGCUGCUCUAGACCAGCAGAUUAAGAGCUACAAUGUGGGACCAAAUCCUUACACUUGGUUCACCAUGGAAGCCCUGGAAGACACCUGGCGUAACCUGCAGAAGAUCAUCAAGGAACGAGACAUGGAACUUGCCAAGGAAGCACAAAGACAGGAAGAGAACGACAAACUACGAAAGGAGUUUGCCAAGCAUGCCAAUGCUUUCCACCAGCUGUUGACAGAUACCAGGUUUAGUCUGCUGGGCUUCUCCCUUAUCGGCUAUGAUGAGAGGUCAUCGAUGAUGGAGGGCUCAGGCACACUGGAGCAGCAGCUUGAAGCCACACGGCAGAAAGCAGCUGAGGUACGAGCUAGGCGUGCGGACCUGAAGAAGAUUGAGGACCUGGGACAGAUUCUGGAAGAGCAUCUUAUUCUCGACAACCGAUACACGGAACACAGCACGGUGGGCCUGGCGCAGCAGUGGGAUCAGUUGGACCAGCUUGGAAUGCGAAUGCAGCACAACUUGGAGCAACAGAUCCAAGCUCGAAACCAGUCGGGUGUGUCAGAAGAUGCCCUCAAGGAGUUCAGCAUGAUGUUCAAGCACUUCGACAAGGAGAAGACCGGUCGCCUGAACCAUGCCGAGUUCAAAUCCUGUCUACGUGCUUUAGGUUACGAUCUACCCAUGGUUGAAGAAGGGCAGAGUGAUCCUGAGUUUGAGGCCAUCCUGGAUGUUGUGGAUCCAAACAGGGAUGGCUUUGUCUCCCUGCAGGAGUACAUGGCCUUCAUGAUCUCCAAAGAAACAGAGAAUGUCCACAGCUCCGAGGAGAUCGAAAACGCCUUCCGUGCCAUUGCGGCAGGAGACCGCCCCUAUGUGUUACGGGAAGAACUAUACCAGAACCUCACCAAAGAAAUGGCGGACUAUUGCGUCGGUCGCAUGAAACCAUAUGUCGACCCCAAAAGCAAUCUGGCGGUUCCUGGAGCCCUGGACUACAUCGAGUUCACACGCACUCUGUUCUCGCAGUAGCUUGCAACACUUUGAGAGCUUUAUCCUGAUUUUUCUAGGUUAUUCAAGAGAUGCUAUUUUAAAGACCAUAGUCACAGUCAUAAAUAAUAUAUGUGUGCACAUUAUAAUGCAUUUAGAUUCCAGUACUUUUGGCAGUUAUCUUAACAGUGAUCAAAAUUGUAAUUUGGCUUCUCACUGCAAAAGCUUUGGUAAGCUAUGGCAGCUAAGCUACCAUCUAUAGGUGAGGUUGUGAAUGAGCUACUCAUAGCCAAAAUUUGACACUUUCGUCUCCAUUUAUUUUCUUCACUUUCACCUAUGCAACUAUCAAAACAAGAAGCUGGUCCCAUCAUUAACAGGCUCGCGGUAGUUAUGACGAGGUCUGCAUAACAGCUGUGUAGAGUCAUGGUGUCUGUAAACUGCUGCCCUUGCCAUGCUCAGUGUCCCCACAGUUUACUCUUGGCUUACCGUAGUGCACAGUUAUAUUCCUAAAGUGUGUAGGAAAAAGUUGCACCUACAGUUUGGCUUUAAAUUAUGUUUUUUCUUUUUGCUCAGUAACCUUAAGAGUAUAGGGAAGUGUUGCCCUUUUGGAAGUCUAGUAGAGAGUUUUACCAUCAGGAGCUUCUGAUAAGACGGCUAAUUGAAAUCGGAAGCACCUCUCCCCACUAGGAAGCGAGGGCACACCUUUUACAGUGGCUUGGUGAUCAAUAAAAGACACCGGGGUUUUAACAUCUGGAAUUGCCAGACUGACGGCUUUUUUACUGUGCUAGUUCCUCUCCUGUGUCUUUUAGUUAGAUCACCUAGAUUGUAAAAAAAAAAAAAAUUAAAUUCAUUACCAAAAUUUUAAAGAUGUGCAUAUAUAAGAACAGAGAGCUGAGCAGUAGCAAGUGGGCAUUAGUGGUGUUGGUGCUUUUAAAACUUACUGGGGCUUCUUUGAUUUCCAUAGUAUUAUAAUGAUUGGGGCCAGGCUUUCUUCUCCAAAAGUCGUACAUUUUCCUCUUUAAUGUAAUAAAAGCUUGUGCAGUUA